AUGGAUAAGAGUUGGAUGCAACUUCGUAAUAGAAGGUCACCUCAGUACAUUGAUGGGGUGAGGAAAUUUAUCUUGUUUGUUCGUGAUCAUAUGAAACUAGAGGAAGAUAAGAUUUGGUGUCCAUGUUAUAGAUGCAACAACCAUAUUCAAAAAACCAUAGGGGAAGUUGAAAUUCAUUUGUAUGCAUAUGGGGUGGUCACGAGUUACACUAGGUGGGUGUAUCAUGGGGAAGGUUUUGAGUUGAAUGAUAAUGAUGACUCACAAAAUGAAAAUGACAAAUAUCUCGACAAUAUGACAGAGAAGUCAAAUAGUCCCAAUACUGAGGUGCGAGAAGUUAUUCAUGACAUACGAAGUGGAACAACCACAUUUGGUUAUGUGGGAGAAGCAUCUAGUAGUCGUAAUCCUGACUUACCAAGUAGUUGUGGUGGAGAAACAAAUAAAUUUGCAAGAUUAAUGAGGGAUGCGGAGCAAGAUUUGUAUCUGGAUUGCCAACGAUUCUCCAAACUAUCAUUCAUGGUUAAAUUGCUACAUCUAAAGAUAUUUAAUAGAUGGAGCAACAAAUCACUCACGAUGUUGCUGGAAUUGUUGAAGGAGGCACUUCCCAUUGGUGAAACGCUUCCAUGCUCUUACAAUGAGGCUAAACAAAUAAUUCGAGAUGUGGGCCUCGACUAUCAAAAAAUACAUGUAUGCAAGAACGAUUGCGUACUUUUUUGGAAGGAGUAUGAAAAUGAAGAUGAGUGUCCUACUUGUAAAGCGCCAAGAUACAAAGUUCGUAAAGGUAAAGGUAAAGGUAAAAAGAUCCCUCACAAGAUUCUGCGAUACUUUCCUUUAAAACCACGGCUACAAAGGCUAUUCAUAUCCAAGAAGACGGCUAUUGAUAUGAAGUGGCACAAGGAUAAACGUGUAGAGGAGGAAAAUGUGUUGCGUCAUUCAGCUGAUUCUGAAGCAUGGAAAGACUUUGACAAAAAACAUGAGUCUUUCGCCAAAGAUCCGCGUAAUGUUAGGCUCGGACUAGCUAGCGAUGGUUUUAACCCGUUUGGAAACAUGAGUAACUCAUAUAGCAUAUGGCCAGUUUUUCUUGUCCCAUACAAUUUACCACCAUGGAAAUGUAUGAAGGAUCCAUUUUUUAUGAUGCCUUUGCUUAUUCCUGGGCGUAGGGCUCUCGGGUUUGACAUUGAUGUGUUUUUACGGCCAUUGAUAGAUGAGUUAAAGGAGUUAUGGGAGGUAGGGGUAGAAACAUACGAUGCAUCAAAUGGCCAAAGUUUUCAAUUACGUGCCACAUUGUUAUGGACCAUCAACGAUUUCCCUCCAUAUGGUAGCUUAUCCGGUUGGAGCACCAAAGGGAAAUUGGCUUGUCCUUCAUGUAAUGAGGAUGCAUCUCACCAAUACUUGCAUCAUUGGAAGAAAACUUGUUACACGGGACAUUGUCAUUUUUUGCCGCAUAAUCAUGUUUUACGAAAAAGCAAGGCAUUCAAUGGUGAGCCAGAGCAUAGAUCGGAACCCAAGUUGUUGUCUGGGGAGGAGGUUUUGGGACAAUUGGAGCAUCUUGACUCAAUAGUAUUUGGGAAGAUAGAUAAACGUGGGAAGAAGCGAAAACGUUCUCAUCAAUAUUUAAAUUGGACAAGGAGAAGCAUCUUCUUUAAGUUACCUUAUUGGAAAACCCUCAAAGUUCGCCACAACCUCGAUGUUAUGCACAUUGAAAAAAAUGUAUGCGAUAGUGUGAUGGGAACAUUGAUGAACGUUGAUGGAAAAACCAAGAACUCGUACAAGGCUCGUCUUGAUCUAGUGGCUAUGGGUAUAAGGCCUGAAUUACAUUCAAGGCAAGUAGAUGGAAAAACCUACCUACCCACUCCUUGCUUCAUGCUCUCUCCAACUGAAAAAAGGAGUUUUUUUGAAUUCUUGAGUACAAUUAAGUUGCCAGAUGGCUAUGCAUCAAACAUAUCACAUUGUGUGAGCACUAGUGAUUGUCGAAUUUCAGGGUUGAAAAGCCUUGAUUGCCAUGUUAUCUUGCAAAGAUUGCUUCCUGUUGCCCUACGUGGAUGUUUGAAAAAGGAUGUGAGCAAGGCUUUAAUUGAGCUUUGCUUGUUCUUUAAGGAGUUAUCGACAAAAACAUUGAGAGUUGAUGUCUUAGAACAACUUGAGAAAGAUAUUGUUUUAAUUUUGUGCAAGCUUGAGAAGAUAUUUCCACCAUCUUUUUUCGAUAUUAUGAUCCAUUUAUGCGUACACUUAUCACGUGAAGCAAUCCUUGCAGGACCGGUGCAAUACUGGCGGAUGUACGCAUUUGAGAGGUACAUGCAUAUUCUUAAGGGCUAUGUGCGUAACAAAGCCCGUCCAGAAGGCUCUAUUGCUGAAGGUUACAUUGAUAAUGAGGCUCUCACAUUUUGCUCUAUGUACUUCAACGAAGGUGAGACAAAAUUUAAUAGACCAGAGCGGAAUUAUGAUGGGCCUAUUAAAGCUACACAAGAUGGAAAUAUUUAUGUAUUUAAGCAAAAAGUACGUGGAAUAGGAGCUGCAGUUAAUGAUGUGUUGAAUUUAAAAGAUUUGAAGCAAGCUCGAUGGUAUGUGUUGAAUAAUUGUGAUGAAGUUCAACCGUAUGUGAGGCAAUACAUGGAUGAACUUGAGAGACAAGGUUUGAGAAAUGUUCAAGAGAGGCUGGAAUCAGAGUUUCAUACAUGGUUUCUAAAAUACGUCACAAAGCAACAACUUGAAGGGAUCAUGGACGCUUCCAAUCAACUUAUGAACCUAGCCCGAGGUCCUGAUAGUCGGGUGACACGAUACAGUGGUUGCAUUAUCAAUGGGACCAGAUUUCACACUCAAGAUCAUGACAUGAACCGAAAAACUCAAAAUAGUGGUGUGGUUGUUAAGGGUGACCAUAAAGGAGAAGCUAUUGAUUUUUAUGAAGUUGUUGGGAUAUAG